AUGACUGAAGGCAGCAGUGGCGGCAUUGACCGCAAAGCGGACGAGAGAAUGGAAUUCUCUACCUCGAAGGAGGUCACCGUCCAUCCCACUUUUGAGUCCAUGUCCUUGAAAGAGAGCCUAUUGCGCGGCAUCUACGCCUACGGAUACGAGUCUCCCUCCGCCGUUCAGUCGCGCGCCAUUGUGCAAGUCUGCAAGGGACGAGAUACCAUCGCGCAGGCUCAGUCCGGUACCGGUAAAACGGCCACCUUUUCCAUCAGCAUGCUUCAAGUCAUCGACACGGCGGUGCGAGAGACACAGGCUCUUGUCCUCUCUCCGACUCGUGAACUGGCCACGCAGAUCCAGAGCGUGGUCAUGGCGCUCGGCGAUUACAUGAAUGUACAAUGCCACGCGUGCAUUGGCGGUACCAACGUUGGCGAGGAUAUUCGCAAGCUCGACUACGGCCAGCACAUUGUAUCUGGUACACCCGGGCGCGUCGCCGAUAUGAUCCGACGCCGUCAUCUGCGCACCCGCCACAUCAAGAUGCUUGUGCUUGAUGAAGCCGACGAGCUCCUGAACCAGGGCUUCAGAGAGCAGAUCUACGAUGUGUAUCGGUACCUGCCGCCCGCAACACAAGUGGUUGUUGUCUCGGCAACCCUUCCCUACGAUGUCCUCGACAUGACAACCAAGUUCAUGACCGACCCUGUUCGUAUCCUGGUCAAGCGCGACGAGUUGACCCUCGAAGGCCUCAAGCAAUACUUCAUCGCUGUUGAGAAGGAGGACUGGAAAUUCGACACCCUCUGUGACCUCUACGACACCCUGACCAUCACACAGGCCGUCAUCUUCUGCAACACGCGCCGAAAGGUCGACUGGCUCACAGACAAGAUGAGAGAGGCAAACUUCACUGUCAGCAGCAUGCACGGGGAUAUGCCCCAAAAGGAGAGAGACAGCAUCAUGCAAGACUUCCGGCAGGGCAACAGCAGGGUGCUGAUCUCGACCGAUGUCUGGGCGCGUGGUAUCGACGUUCAGCAAGUCAGCUUGGUCAUCAAUUAUGAUCUACCCAGUAACCGCGAAAACUAUAUCCACCGCAUCGGCCGGUCCGGUCGCUUCGGAAGGAAGGGUGUGGCCAUCAACUUUGUCACGAGCGAAGAUGUGCGGAUCUUGCGAGACAUUGAACUCUACUACUCCACGCAGAUCGACGAGAUGCCCAUGAACGUCGCUGAUCUGAUUGCCUAA